GACGCGGUCGGCGGCAUGACGGACCGCGAAGUCGCCGCCCGCUACCUCCAGCGUUACGGGUACUUGACGGCGACCAACCCCGGCGGGCAGGUGAAGCUGGAGACCCCGCUCAGGGCGAUGCAGAAGCGGCUGGGCUUGCCGGAAACAGGGGCAGUGGACGCCCCCACCCUGGCGGCCAUGCGGGCGCCCCGCUGCGGAGUCCCGGACGUCGGGCACUUCCAGACCUUCCAGGGCGACCUCAAGUGGGACCACACAGACCUCACCUACCGGGUGGUCAACUACUCCCCCGACCUGGACCGCUCGGUCAUCGAAGACGCCUUUGCCCGGGCCUUCAAGGUGUGGAGCCAGGUGGCGCCGCUCACCUUCACCCGCCAGGAGGAAGGGGAGGUGGACAUUCUCAUCCAGUUUGGGACCGGAGAGCACGGUGACGGCUACCCUUUUGAUGGCAAGGAUGGGCUUCUCGCCCACGCCUUCCCUCCUGGCAAAGACCGGUUCAGCGGAGAUGCCCAUUUUGACGACGACGAGUUCUGGACGCUGGGCAAGGGCCUCGUGGUGAAGACCUACUACGGGAAUGCCAACGGGUCCUCCUGCCGCUUCCCCUUCACCUUUGAGGGCAAAAGCUACUCCUCCUGCACGACCGAAGGGCGAGAGGACGGGCUGCCCUGGUGUGCCACCACCGCCAACUUUGACCGCGACAAGAAAUACGGCUUCUGCCCCAGCGAACUCCUCUUCACCUACGACGGGAACAGCAACGGGGACAAGUGCGUUUUCCCCUUCGUCUUCGAUGGCAAAUCCUACCAGGGCUGCACCACCGAUGGGCGCACGGACGGCUACCGCUGGUGCGCGACCACCGCCAACUUUGACCAGGACAAGAAAUACGGCUUCUGCCCGAAUAGAGACACGGCCGUGAUUGGAGGGAACUCCCAGGGCGACCCCUGCUCCUUCCCCUUCAAGUUCCUGGGCAAGACGUACAGCAGCUGCACCUCCGAGGGACGCAGCGACGGGAAACUCUGGUGCGCCACCACCGGCGACUACGAUGCAGACAAGAAGUGGGGCCUUUGCCCUGACCAAGGUUACAGCCUCUUCCUGGUUGCGGCGCACGAGUUCGGCCACUCGCUGGGCCUGGAGCACUCCAGCAUCCGGGAAGCCCUGAUGUACCCCAUGUACACCUACCUGGCCGACUUCCAGCUGCAUUCGGACGACGUGGCCGGAAUCCAGUAUCUCUAUGGCCGAGGAUCAGGCCCUCAGCCCACGGUGCCCAGCCCCCCUUCUCAGGCCCCCACAGAAGCUGGGGACGACGAUGGCUCUUCCGUGACGGAGACCCCCGCGGUGGACGGCCAGAGUAGCGCCUGCCGCGUGGAGCGCUUCGAUGCGGUGGGCGAGAUCCAGAAACUGCUGCACUUCUUCAAGGACGGGCAAUACUGGCGAAAGUCGGGCACCGGGGCCGGACCCCUCCAGGGCCCCCUGCGGAUCCAGAGCACCUGGCCGGCCCUCCCAGACGUGAUUGACGCGGCUUUCCAGGACCCUCUGACCAAGAAGCUCUUCUUCUUCUCAGGCCAGCGCUUCUGGGUGUACCAGGGGACGGGGUGGUCGGCCCUCGGAGCCUGGACAAGCUGGGCAUCGGGAGUGACGUGGCCAAGAUCGGGCAGCCUGGUCCGGAGGCAGGGGAGGGUCCUGCUCUUCAGCGGAGAUCAGUUCUGGAGGCUGGAUGUGAAGAAGGAGAAGGUGGACAAGGGGUUUCCCCGCUAUCUGGACAGCCUCUUUCCCGGGGUCCCCAUCGAUGCUGACCUGGUCUUCCAGUACAAGGGCCGGUUCCACUUCUGCCGCCACCCCUUCUGCUGGCAAAUGACCCCCCGGUAUCAGGUGAACCGGGUGGGCUACUUCAAGCAGGACGUCCUGAAGUGCCCUGAACAAUGA